AUGGCCGAGUCUGCCCGCACUUCGGCCAAGCUAUUCCUCCAGGAGGAAGUAUAUCGACUCGGGUCAUCCCCAGGACUACGAUCCAUACCUCCAGGGCCAUCACGCGACUUCUUACUCCUCACCUGGGGCCCUGUAAUCUAUCGCACAUCCUACGGGCCCGACUCCAAGCGUCUUUUGAUUAUCUUUCUGCGCUGUCUCAACAAUGCUGUCAAUAGGUCAUUACACCGAAUAAUGACCGGCUCCACUGAGCAACUUCUUCUUAUGGAAAAGGCAUACACCUCGAAGGUAUUCAAUGCAAAACACACGUACAGUGGAUGCAAGGUGGAGGGCGUGCGCGAAGCCUUCCGUAACUUCAAGGCUUCCUUGGCGAUCCCAGCGACAGACCUACCGAGUAGGCUCCGUGUUUGUUUGAUGGUGGAUGAUGAUGUGCUCGAACAUAUGAUGAGCGUGCUUGGUUCAUCUGCUGUACCUGAACAGCAUACUGAUAUCGGGAGCUGCUGGGUCAGAGUGGUCGAGGAUAAUUUCCCUGACGCGCGGUUUGGUGACCAGCCGUAUGUUAAAUCUGUCGAUUUUGAUGAGGUUGAUGGCGUUGGGGAUUAUCGUGGGCUAUAUCAGGGGUGGACUAUGGUGGCACUAUCGGCGUUGGUUGAGGUUUUUGAUGGUCUCCGACAAAUGAAAUACCUGGUUGAGUACCAUCGUGAGGGACGGAUAUAUUUAGGGGAGGGAAAAUGGAGUACGACAUAA